AUCCAGUAGGCCACAUACUAUGAAGUUGUAGAUACAUUAUCAGUGUAGAAAGGUAAAUACUACAACAACAAUGUGCACUGUAGUAAGUACCAUACUCAUACUUUAUUCAACAUUUCUUGUUGGUUCAACCAAUGGUGAACCACUAAUUGUGAAAGGCCCAUCAAAUGAGACUGUAAAUGAAGGAAAGAACAUUAAAUUUCUGUGCACUUUCAGUGGUCAACCUGACGAGAUGAUCUGGAUUAAAGACGAACAGCAAAUACCAGAUGAUGAUCAUCAUUACAAUGUGGAUAAAUCUGAGCCUAAUAAAUUUAAACUUCAUAUAAUACAAGUGAAUCGCACAGACAAAGGAUAUUAUCAAUGCAAAAUAACAACAAAUGGACAGCCUCCAGAACUUUCAGAAAAGGCUUUGUUGACAGUGAAUGAAAUAACAGGGGAGCCAUAUCCUAUUUGUGAAACAUCAAUGUCUAUAUAUGAUGAGUGUGAUAUGGUACGUAUGACCUGUACCACAGAGAAUAAGUCACCACUUGACAAAUUGGAGUUUUCUGAAACCUUAGAAAGGAACACUACAUGCCAGUGCAUUAAUGGAACACACCAAUGGGCUACCAUAGAAUUCCUGGCGGAUGACGAUGAAAUUGACAAUAGACAGAUAGCCUGCAUAAUGUCUAAUAACUUUUCAAAAUCACGUCACUGCAGUAAGACAUUGCAUACCAUGACCAAGUCAACGCCGAUUCCCACUACAAAGAGCCUAUAUUCUUCACCCUCAACAAUAGCCAAUAGUGAAUGUAGUAAGUGUGAGUGCCCAAAUACCUACUUCAUAACAACUCUUUUCUGUAUUUUACUUAUAAUCAUAUUAGUUACUUAUAUUUUAGUGAAUUACCACUACAAUAAAAAUAUAUUGACUGAUUAUUCAAAACUAAACGUUAAAGGGAGGAACCAUCCCAUUCAGGAGCAGCAUCAACUGGGGCCGACUGACUUGGCUGAAGUAGCUACCCCUUUUCCCUUAUCAACUUGAUCAUUUUAAAAGCAUUGUAAAAAUAAAGCAACUUUGGUACCAAAAAAUUGAUCUCUUAAUAGAGGAAGUCCCUCACCAGGUGUUGACUAUAUUUAUAGUGUUAAAAUAUAUAUUUUUCCUCCCUUCAUGGCAAAAAAUAUAGGGUGUUCAAGAAUAAUUAAUAUUUAAAUUUAAAAAACGAAUAUAAUUUUCCUAUUAUAAAAACUACCUAUUGUUAACAAAUAUAAUUCAACAACAAAUAAAAUCAACCAGUUACACAAAAGUUAAGUUAUUAUUGUUUCAAUUCUGUAAUUCUGUUGAAUUUUGAGCAAAUAAAGAAUAAAAUCAGCCAUUUUGGCUAUUUCUAUUAUCCUGCUACUUGUUAUACACUUACACUUGCCUAAGUCGAAUCCAAAAUGGCAUUGAAAAAUUGUUCAACUUCAUAUAAAAUCUGUCUUAAAAAAUGGAAAACACAAUAAUUUGGCAUGUAAAAUAAGAUUGACUUAAGAAAUUAUUUGAGUUAGGUUAAGUCAACUUAGUAUAGAGCAAAAAUCUGAUUAACAUUCCUUGUUACCUGACUUUAGUAGUUAAAUAAGUAAGUAAUUCAUGGAUCAUUUUAGUAUUUAAGACUCAGUUUUAUAAUAGGUAAAUAGUAUGUUUAAUUGUCAUUGACACCCAGUAAGUUUCUGGGAGAUCCUGUGACUCGCAUGAUACUUGGAACCCCUGGAAUAUCUUGAGCUACAGGCAAUGGGACAGACCUAGGUUCUGUACUAUUUAUAUUACAGACCGUAAUCUACACCUACUGUUACCUGCUUCCUGCUUAGUAAGAUCAUUGCUUACUAAACCAUUUUAUAACAAAUAGUCUGAUUGGUUAGAAUGGUCUGACCAAUGAAAUUAAUUUUUAGAUGGAAUUUAUUAUAUCAUGGAAGGCAAAAGGUUACACAUUUAAUUACGCAAGUAACUCAAGUUUAUUGUAUUACCGGUAUGUAUUCAAAUGCAUUGAAUCUUAAAAUUUAAAAAAUAAAAUUAUAAAGCCAAGUCAAUGCAAUGAUGAAUUGUGUUUGGCUUCCUAUAGUUCAAACCCUCCCAGUUGUAUCAGUACAUUUGGAAUUUUGUAGCAACACAUAUUGUCAAAGUUGUUUUUCUUACGUAUCAAAUAAUUAAAUCCCAGUAAAAAGUGUGUGCUCAUUGCAUUUUAAAAUGAUGCUGUUAAAUCAAAUUAUAUACAGUCAAUCAAAUAAUGAAUUGCAUUUGGCUUCCUAUGGUUCAAUCCCUCCAAGUGUCAGUACAUUUGGAAUAAACCGAAUUAAUCACUAAAGAUGAUGUCUUCACGAUUUGGUUUAGUGGGUAUAGAAACAUUUGCCAGAGUCAUGCUUAUCCAUUGAGUGGUGUAUAUUAUUGUAAAUCAUCUAAAAUGUAAUGAAUUUAGCGUAGAAAAUGCUUUUUAUAACAAGGUAUAUAUUUUGAAUGAUUCCUAAAUUCAUGAGAUUAAGCUUGAUUUGAUUUACAUUUCCAUACAGUUUUGAGAGGUCUCCUAGGGGGCCUAGGUCCAUUUCUCGCAGGACUCGCCACAUCCAGCGCUGACUAAGGCGAACCUUGUUGAUUUAGCUUGAAUACAGUCACCAAGUCAUUUUGUUGCAAUUUCUGUAUGAAAUAUUUAAACUACUAAACGAACUUAAAAAUUGCUGAAUUUGUAGAAUAAGAUGUUUAUUUUGACUACAAUGACCAAUGAAUGAAUGUUGUUUGAAUGACUCUCUAGCCUAGGCCUGUGUUUAUGCAACGAGGCUAUGCUCACUGUGUCUAGAAAAAUGUUCAAGCUUUCCAUAUGUUUCUUUCACUCCACUUCAAAUGUAACGAGUCAAAAUUUUAAGAAUUUAUUUAGUAACAUCUACCAAGGUUUUCGAUACGUUAAUUUACAUUAAAAUGUAUUAUUUUCUGAGUUUAAAAACAGUCAACAUUUAUUCGAGGCUUACUAUUGUGUAAAAAGCUGUCACCUUGUGGUGAAUUUUGAUGCUAUACCCACUAUACAAUACCAGCUUUGGUGACUAAUGUGGUCUAUUUUGUAAUAACAAAUAUUAUCAAAUUUGUUUUUCUUAUGUAUCAAUCAGAUGUGCAAACAUAUCUCAAAUAGAUUUGCAUUUUGGUAUUUACUUUAAUGGAAAAACUAUUCAUUUUAGUUUUUUAUUUUAUUGUUCAGUCCAGAUUAUUGUAAUUUGCUCUGCUCUGUGUCGAUGGAUCAUAUUAAGAGCCAGGGCUAUUAGUGUAUUAUUAUUACUUUUCAUUUAUCAAUUAUCACAUAUUGUUGUAUAAUUCAU